AAAAUAUUCAAGAAUUCAAAAAACUAAAAGAAGAAGUCGCAAAAUUAACCGAAAAAUUAUCUGAAAGUAACGACAUUGAUAGUCUACAAAAUAAAAUUAGUUUAUUAGAAAGUAAAAUUAAUGAAACAAAAAAUAAUGAAGGAGUUUUUGCCUCCCAAAUUGAAAACCUCUCAAAUCAAUUAGAAAUAAUAAAUCAAAUAAGUCAAGCAUUAGAAGCUACAAAAACAAAAAUUCAAGAAUUAGAACAAAAUUUAAGCCAACAAACUUCGCAACAAUCAACUUCACCGGAACAAAUAGAAAGCUUGGAGAACCAAAUUCAGCAAGAAAGAGCCAAAAGAGAAGAAUUGGAAAGAAGGAUUAGUAAUUUAACGAAUCAAGAAAGUGGCGAAGAAUCAAUUACCUCAGACAAAAUUCAAGAAUUAGAAAAUAAAAUAAGCGUUCUUAAUGAACUAAUUGCUAAUAACCGAGCAAGUUUAAACAAUAAUUUAACUUUUGAAUCUAGUAACUUACAAAAUAAAAUUUUAGAAUUAACUGAAAAAUUGGCUCGCGAAGAAGAAAAGGCAAGAAGUUUACAAGAAAGAGUUAAUGAACUACGCGAAGAAGUUCAUGAUUUAAAAGAUAGAACUGUCAAUUAUGAACAUCUACAAAGCGAAAUCAGAGAACGCGAGCAACAAAUUAAUCUUUUAGAUGUUAAGUUACACGAAAAAGGUGCUAACGAACAAGAAUUACAAACACAAAUCAAUAAUUUAAGCAAACAAUUAGAACUUGCUAAGCAAAAGACCCAAGAAAAAGAUGAAGAAAUAAAUAAACAAAUAGAAAAUAUUAUUGAAGAUGAAGAAAAAAACCAAGAAUUUAUCAAUAGCUUAAAAAACGAAAAAAGCAAAAAUUAUUUACGCAAUAGACAUUUUUUCUUAAAAUGGCUGAAAGAAUUCACUGAAGCCGGCGUGGAAUUUUCCCUCGAAUGUUUUAAUUUACUUUAUCCUAAUAGCGAUAUUUUUGUUGCCGAAGAAUUUGCACAGGAAAUUAAGAAAGAUUUAUUAAUUAGUUAUAUUUGUGAACAAAAUAAAAUUAAAUUAAUACCUUAUUUAUUGUCUAAUGAGCGAAUAAAUAAGAAAUACCGGCAAUUAGUAGAACAAACAGAACCAAAUACUACUAAAUUUUUUAUGAGCAAUAUUGGAGUAGGCAACGACCAAUUAUUUUAUGAUACCGACCCUAUUUUUACUUCCGAAUUAUGA